UACAUCGUGUCUCACCAAUGCAUGAUUGAAGAACAUGACUAAAAUAUACAAUUUUGUUUUGAAUUUCUACAUAAACAACGUUCAUAUUCCUAGCCUCUGGCUCAAUUCCAUGAUCCAACAACGUGCUUCUUGAACAAGCACACAUUGCGUCUUACCAGUAUCGACACUGGAACAGCAGUUCUCAUGGCAGCUUUUCAGACCACUCCAUGGAGGUUGAUUUCUGGGAUCUUAGCAGUAACGUGCCUUGUGUUGAUGGCUACUUUGGGGAUAUUGUUGAAAAAUUCAUUUCGUAAACAAAAUAUUCGGCCAACGUCAUCAACAGAAGGAACCACAGAAAUUCAGGAAGGCUCUCACUGCUGUUCUUGUCAAGAAAAGUGGAUUAGGUACCGAUGCAACUGUUACUUCAUUUCUAAUAAAAUAAAAACUUGGAACGAAAGCAGGAAUUUCUGUGCCUCUCAAAAUUCUAGCCUGCUUCAGUUGCAAAACAAAGAUGAUUUGAGUUUUACGAACCAAACUAUAUUCCUUUUCUGGAUUGGACUGUCUUACAAUAAAGAACAUGGUGCCUGGUUGUGGGAGGAUGGCUCUGCUCUCUCCCCAGAUCUAUUUUCAUUCUCUCAAACCGUAAAUACACGGAAAUGCUUAUUGUAUGGCAGCACUGGUGUUCGUGGCGAAGCCUGUGAAAGAAAAAGCCAUUAUAUCUGUAAGAAACAGCUUAUAGCAGCUUAUUUAGGUGUUUCUUAGGGCAGAACGGGUGCCCA